UUUGAGAAGGCAUCAAAUUCAUUUUUUGGGCCAGAAUGAAUUGAAAUUGGAAAUUGGAGGUCUAAGAGCGCAUCAAUGCAAAGACAGGUCUGAUUCAGCCUUUUCCUUGUGUGGUCGUAACAUGCAUCUAGUGCCUUAAUGUAGUCGUCUCAUGGUGUUUUGGGUUACUUUCAUAUUGCGGUGUUCACAGUGAACCCUGUGCCAAGAGGUAUCAAACUCAGAGACCCAUUUCCUCCCAUCCGUGGGGUUCUGCAAAAUCACCAUAAUAUGCUCGGAUCUCUUCGUUCGCAGCAAUGUCUCGCUUGGCAUAAAAUUUCAUAUUGCACCCAUACCAGGUCUUCGUUUCGUCAUCUCCUUCUUUCAACAAUCCUGUUUCAGUUCCUAGUUCCAUGUUACAUUGACGAUGCCAUGCCGGUGACGAGUUCACAAAGGAACCCUCGUCGAGAUCUACACAUGCUAUGAAUUCGUCCUCUUUUUCUGCCGACACCAUUCGGCUGAAUGCCCAAAUGAUAACAUCACACGCCAAGUCUGUUGGCAACUUGCUCAAGAAAGUUCGAUAUUCUUCUCCUGUUUGGAACUGGGCGUUAUUUGUACUUUCAUAUAUUAGGUCACCCCUCGCAAUCGGAACCUUUGUGAAGACACCUCUACCGACCUCUUCGCUAUAUUCGAUUUCCACUGGUAUUUGAAAUCCAUUUGAUUCAUAUGCCGGAGGAAUCGUAGAUCGUUCUGGACCGACAACUUCAUUAUAUACACGAUUAAAGGUCUUCCAAACAUCUUCUUUAUGAAUGUCUUUUGAUUCCCAACUGCAAUCGAGGAAUUCAGUAAUGUCAGCAAUGCCGCCUGUCUUCCAUACUGGAUUAAUGCAUGUGCUUUCUGCAGUAUUCUCAUCGUCUGUUUCGCACUCUUGGUCUUUUGGAAUUGAUUCUUGACUUUUUCCAACUGCCACUAACGUGGCAAACAAGAAAAAGGCUCUUCGCACGGAUGGAGAUUUCGUCAUGGUCUUUGGUUGCAGUGUCAUUUCUCGUUUCUUCUCUUCUAUGAAGGGGUGUUGUAUUCACGACGUACGAGUGAUACAAAUACCACUUUUGAUAUCGUGCGGCACAGUUUUGUCCAGUUUUAACGAGAAAUGUAACUCGUGACUCCGAAUCCAGUAUUGGGUCAUGAAUUGUAACGUCGAAGGUCGCGAAAAACAAGGGAAAAAAUAAAAAAUUGAUCUGGAAAGUGGAAAUCGGGGUUCAAUCAAAGAGUUGGGAAGCUCAAAAAGUAGUACCCGGAAGGUAUCUUUCAUCAUCUUUUCCUGUACUCUACUACUGUUCUACGUAAUUCUGUGGGUCGUUUGAAAACCAAAUUUCGAAAUUUACUUUGUAGUCAGCCAUGGUGACAAGAACAAAUAACAGUACGGCAAGAGAACACCAUCCUCGGCAGCUGAGCGUGAUUUUGUAUCCAUCCAUUUUUUAUGAAGUCUGGUGCGAAUUCAGAAUGGUUUUAAUCGGCUAGAUGAAACCAGUCCAACCAUGCUAAAUCGCAAUCGAAGUGAGGAAACCAUUUUUGUGAUUUUUGUUUGUACCUUCGAUUGAUACAACGCAGCCAUGAAAAGUGGUCUGGUCGAAAACCAAGUAAGAUCAAGAAAAAGGUUCAAAUUACUCUAAAAAAAGGUUUCCAGCGCGAUUUUCGAUAAGAUUCUUUUAAGGUGUUUCGUCGAAAGUAAAAAUGCUCAUAAAAAAUGAAAGCAAUGCAUUUGCGAUCCCAGUUGCAGUCGUUCAAGAAUUGUUAUUUGUUUUGAAUCAGCAGCUACACAUCGCCUAAGUACUGUAUAUAGUAAACGAUCAAAACAUGGAGGCGAUUAAGCAAUCUUCUUUCAGGACAAUGAAGCUGUUCGUGUUGAUCGUUUUGGCGUUUAUCGUCCUUUCCAAUUUCCCCUACACUGCCGCAGAGGGUAACUUCACAAACAUUUACGCUACAACGUGCCAACCUGGUUCUUUUAGUGUGGUCAUCGAGAGCAUCUCCAACUGCCAACCAUGUCCUCCGGGUACCUACUCUGACUAUCCUGGAGCAGAAUAUUGCAAAACGUGCCUCGACACUAUCUACAACGGAGAGGGCGCCGAUUCGGUUGAGAUGCUGAGCGGUCAAUUGUAUUGCAUCAAUACAGAAACACUCUACUGGGACGACGAAGUUCCAAGUGAAUAUACCAUCACAGGAUAUCCCACUAGCCUUCAGGUUGCUGUACCGCCCCCUUCCGCGGCGCCGUCUCUUAUGCCAUCCUCGACACCGUCGAACCUCCCUUCCGUUAUGCCUUCUGCCAUGCCUUUUUUAACGUCAGUCUCGAUCAAAGGUGAUUCAAUGGCAUCAUUUCCCUGUAACAAUACAGGCAACAAUGCAGGUACUUUUGAGUGGUAUGGUCGUUGCCAAGAGUGUCCGGCACGCCACGAAACAAUUUUGUUUCCCUUCUUGGUAGUAACUCUUUUAGCUCUGCUCGUGAUCUUGCUCGAGUAUUUGCUACCUUCAUGUUGCACCGCUCUUGUCUGGUGGGGCAUCGAGUAUCUCCAGAUGAUUUACUUCAUUGGAAUUUUGUCCAUUCAAUGGUCUCCGAUCGCAGAAUUCGUUUUUGUAAGAUUGCUCCCGGUUUUCGCUUUGGAUCUCAAUGCGUCCUUCAGUCUACAAUGCGUGAUCGGCAAGAAUUGGCCUCAACAGGAAUCUGCCGAUCAUUUGUUUAUACUAUCAUUGCCGUUAUUGGUCGCAAUUCUCUUGACAUUCAUCUCCAAGAUUUCAAGCAGUCGGUGCAUUCGAGACGAAUCUGUUUCUAGAUGGAUGACUCUUAUCCUGCACAUGGGAUACUUAAAAUUAGUCCUCACUUCUCUCCAGAUUAUUCACCUUCCUGAAUCAUGGACAGCAGAUGUGUUAUCCUCCUGGACGAAAUCCGAUCCUUUCUAUGCCACCAUGUGUGGACUUGCUGGUCUCUUAUUUUACGGUGGGGCAUUCCCAUUAUGGCUUGUUCAGAGUAUUUCACAUUUCCACCGUUUGAACCUUGCUCUUGUAAGAGAUGAUACACCAGACGAUACCUUUAUUGGAAACGACGAAGAACGAAGUGCAGAGAUAAAAAGACAACAAAUUAUUAAGAGAAAGCAAACCAGGAGAAAGAAGGAACUCUUUCAGACUAUUGGAAUCCUACCAAUUAUUCUCGGUCCCAAAGCCUGGUGGUGGCCUGGAUUUUGGAUGCUUCGAAAAAUGUUGUUUUCUGUCUUGUUGGUCCUCUUUCCAGAUAAACCAGUUUUGUUGCUGAUUAUUUUUCUACUGGUCCAUUUUUUGAGUGUUAUUAUUCAGCAAUGCACCUUACCUUUGGUUCAUGAAGAUCAGGACCAAGCCAAGGACGAUAAGAAGAAAUGGUGCCACGUUGCAACUGUAGAUACAGUAUUGCAGUUUUGCUUGGCAGCCAUGCUUGGUGUGGCAUUCUUCUCGCUGUGGUCGACCGCAGACAAUGGGAGCACAAGGUCUUCUUUUCAAAAACACACGGAAGGUAGUAUGGUGCUAUCUAUUUUGUUGAUAAGCUUAAUUUAUCUUACUCUGGCUAUUGGUGUCUGCUGUGCCCGAUCUGAUCCUCGAUUUAAGUCUGUCGCAUCUCAGAUAGUUUUCAACACUACCAAAAAUGACAACAACACGUCUACGUCCGGGAGCAAUGACCCAUCCCGUACAGAGUUCUGUACUGAGCUGUCCUUUAAACGAUCCUUUUCGACAGAGUCCUCUUCUUCCCAGGACUCGAACAACGACAUUGUAUUUUUUGGAGGAAGUCAACGGGGUAUGAAUUCAAACCUAAUCGAUGAAGAAUAUGCCGAUGAGUUCCAGGAUGGUACCGUGAAUGAUGGGGUCAUUAUGUCGGCAUCAUACUUGGUUGAGGAGAUUGACGAAAACGGACGAGAAAGAUUGGGAAAUAAACAGAAACAAGAAAAAGAAAGCCCCAAAAUAUUCCGCAGUGAUCCUUCUGUUUCAAAAAUUGACGAAGAAGAUGAUACUACGACAGUUUAUGAAGAGAUUUGGGUUGACGAAGAGACAGGGAACGAGAUCUCUGCUGCUGACCAGGGCAAUUGGGUGGAUACCGAAACUGGUUCACUAGUAGUUCCCCUUGGCUAAGUCGAUCUGGAUAUGAGAAGCACUCUAUAAUUCUAUAUGU